AUGGUUCCAGCGGAAGUGUUGAACGAGUUCCGCCACCUGUUUUCACCAGAGGAGGCCAUGAAGCUGCCGCCACACCGGCCAGGUGUGGACCACGAGGUAAACUUGCAGCCUGACAAGAAUGGGAACGAGCCGCCCCUGCCCUGGGGACCGCUUUACAACAUGUCACGCGAAGAGUUCUCAGCGGCUGCCGCGCCGGUGCUGUUCCGCGACCGAUAUCCACUGCCCCUCAUCGCGGAGACCCUACAGAAUCUGGCCAAGGCUAAGUGGUUUACCAAGUUGGACGUGGUGGCCGCCUUCCAUAAGAUCCGCAUGGCUCCGGGACAUGAGGGAAAGACCGCAUUUCGCACGAGGUUUGGGCUCUACGAGUGGCUCGUGUGCCCUUUCGGCCUGAGCGGCGCCCCGGCAUCAUUCCAACGAUACAUGAAAAGUGUGUUGCGCGAGUGGCUGGACGACUUUGUCACAGCAUACCUGGAUGAUGUGCUGAUCUACUCGAGUGGUUCGAAGGCGGAUCAUGAGGCUAAGGUGCGACGAGUUCUCCAAGCACUCGCCGACGCUGGGCUGCAUCUAGACCCAGCGAAGUGCGAGUUUUCGGUACAAGAGGUCAAAUACCUUGGGUUCAUCGUCAACGCAGGGAAAGGAAUCGCCUGCGACCCCGAGAAGCAGCGUGCCAUCCGCGAAUGGGAGGCCCUGACCACGGUGAAGGGUGUCAGAAGCUUUCUGGGCUUCGCCAACUACUACCGGAUCUUCAUCCCCGACUAUGCCAAGAUCACGCAGCCUCUAGAUGCCCUGCUUAAGAAAGGAACUGCCUUUCGUUGGAGACGAGCGGAGAACGAGGCGUUUCAGCAGCUGAAGCGACGAUUUUGCGAGUCACCUGUGCUCAAGCAGUGGGACCCGAGCCUCCUGACCUUUUUGGAGACAGAUUGCUCAGGCUACGCAUUGGGAGGCGUCCUGUCUCAGGAAGGCCCAGAUGGACGUCGACACGCAUGUGCCUUCUUCUCGAAGCGACUGUCGCCAGCGGAGUACAACUAUCCCAUUCACGACAAGGAGAUGCUUGCCAUCAUGAGAUGUCUCGACAACUGGAGCGCCGAACUUAGGAGCUGCGGCCCAUUCACAAUCCUUACCGAUCACCGCAACCUGGAGUAUUUCAUGACACGCCAGAAGCUCACGGAACGGCAGAGCCGUUGGGCAGCCGAAUUGUCCCAGUUCGACUUCAAGCUCGAGUAUCGACCGGGAAGCGAGGCUGUCGUGCCCGAUGCGCUGUCCCGCCGCGAACAAGACAAGCCACAGGGCAUUGACGACGAGCGGGAACAAGGAAGAAUGAUACAGUUGAUACCGGAUAGUGCCAUUCCAUCAUCGACAAGAGCAUGCAUCAACGCGAUGAGUUCUGAGUGUUCAGAGACAUCCACCCUGCCGGAGAUGAAGGUCUUCGAGGAAGCGGACCUGCAGCAACUCUGGGACGAAACGGUGGAGAAGGACUCGAUAUUCCGGGCAGCCUAUAAGGCAGUCCGCGAUCGCGAGCGUGCCUUCCCGCCCCCGCUGGGCCUGAAGAUCCAGAUUUCAGAGUGUGCGAUCGACGCAGGCAAAAGGCUGACAUUCAGAGACCGUAUUUGGUCGCAUGACUCUGUUGCGACCGGUCAUCCCGGCAGGGAAGGUACGCUGGCUAUCGUGGCUCGGCGAUUCUACUGGCCUGGACAGUCCCAGCUGGUUCGCCGGUUCGUAGCCAAUUGCGACACCUGCGGCAGAGCACACAUCUGGCGUCAGUCGAAAAGGGGAUUUCUCAAGCCUCUCCCGAUUCCAGAUCGACCCCGAAGCCAUUUGUCCAUGGACUUCAUCACAGAUCUGCCGCCUACUGGACCGAGAAAGGCAAGGUACCUGUGGGUGAUUGUGGACAGACUGACAAAGGCUGUGACCCUCGAAGUGAUGGACAACAUGGAAGCUGAGCCGUGUGCAAAACGUUUUCUCCAGUGUCAUUACCGAUUUCACGGAAUGCCACGGUCCAUCGUCAGCGACCGCGGGAGCAACUGGCUAACCUAUCAUCCUCAGACGGACGGAGGGCCAGAGAGAAUGAACCAGGAGAUCGAGGCCUACCUGAGAGCCUAUGUGUCGUACGUGCAGGACGACUGGGGAGAACUGCUCCCUGCCGCGCAGCUGGCACUCAACAAUCGCGAAUCCGCAACGACCAAGAUCAGCCCCUUCUUCGCUGAGCAUGGUUACCACGUCGAUCCCAUCAGCGUCGAAGAAUCGGAAGAGCCACCAAGGGAUAGAGAGGAAAGCAGAGCUGAUGGCCUACUCAGUCGCCUGCAGGAGGUCAAUGAGUACAUGCAAGCAGUGAUGGCCGCCUCACAGCAACAACAAGAAGAGGCAGCCAACGCAAAGCGACAGCCUGCGGAGCGGUUCGAAGUUGGUGACAAGGUGUGGCUCUCGAUGGCAAACUACAGAUCACCACGACCGUGCAAGAAGCUCGACUGGCUGCAUCACAAGUACACAGUCACGAAGGGCGCAUCAAGAUCCGGCUCCUGGCCAAAAGGUGGAUGA